AGAGUGAUUACCAUUUACAUACCUGGAGAGCAAAGGAAAGGAGCUAGGGUGUACCAGCUGUACCCUUCAACUACAAGAAGCAGAACAUGUCGCAGCGGCCAGAAAAUACCACCAUUGACCUAAGUUGCUUGGGUCGGGCACCCACAGCCCAAGAUCUUGUAGCAAGUCUGGAUGAAUUCGGCAUCGCCCUUUUUACUCUGAUGACAGUGAUGACUGGAAUUGCUGAUUUAGUAUUUUUAGAAGAGAUAUUCUACAUCUAUAAUAAACUCCCGUCUUCCAAGCGAGCCAUCUUAAUGUGGAUCAAUGGAGCAGGCCCUCUGAUUGCUUCCACAUCAUGUAUUGGGAUGUGGGUACCUCGUGCAACGAUGUUCACUGACUUUACAGCUGCAGUAUAUUUUGCAAUUGUUAUUCACAAAUUCCUGUUAAUGAUGAUCAAAGAGUGUGGAGGUCAGAAUGCAUUCUUGAGACAUUUUGGAAAUGAUGAGUUCAAAGUGAGUACUGGGCCCUGUUGUUGCUGCUGCCUUUGUCUUCCUACCAUGCGUGUAACCAGACAAACUCUUUUUGUUUUAAAAUGGGGGACCUUCCAGUUUGCCUUCCUUCGACCUCUGUUUAUGUUCAUAACAAUAGUGCUUUGGACUAAUGGAAAUUACCGUCCUUCAAAUAUGUCACCAUCUGAUGCUGGACUGUGGAUUAGUAUAAUCAAUGGUAUCCUUACAAUUACUGCUAUAUGGUCAGUCGGAAUCAUGUUUAAUCAUGUUAGGUCAAUUCUUGUCACUAAACGUAUUAUUGCCAAAUUUGCACUUUACCAGAUUGCUCUUAUUAUCAGUCAACUACAGCCAGCUAUUAUCAACAUGAUAGCAACAGGCGGGGCAAUACCAUGUGCACCUCCACUUCCAGCGUCAACCAGAGGAUCAUAUAUAAAUGAACAGCUCCUAAUCCUUGAAAUGUUUGUCCUGACAAUCCUAUCAAGAUUUUUUUACAGAAGACGGUAUGAAGACUUGCACAAUGUGUCAAUAAGUGCGGAUGAUUGUGGAGUAGUCCGAAGCCGUUGUAAUAGCUCACAUGACCCAGAAGCUGCAAAAAUGCACAUUUAGA